CUAAAAUCAAGAUAAAAUUGGGACCGGACAGAGUCAAGACCGGACCGGAUCAAGACCGGACUGUAUCCAAUCCAAUCUUUGUUCCUUAUAUUCCCGAAAAGACCGGACUGAUACCGAAUCAAUUUGGUCCAAUUUAACCGGACCGGACCGUAUAGCCACCCCUAAUAACAUCCGAAACCAAGAUCCGAAGCCGCGCCCAGAUUUCAACGGGGUCAUUUUCGUUGGCCGGUCGGGCUUGGGCCCAGCAUAUUAUCCAUGCAUGUCGUGCUCCAAAACCUAACCUGGCAAUGUGGCAGUCCUCCUCCUAUAAACAAACGAAAGCGCUCCAAUAUUAUUUACCUUUGACUUGUCCAAGCCUACAAUUACAAUUGCAUUACUCAAGCCUUGGAUUCCAAGACUUCACACCAACUGAAAAAAAUCCUUGUUCUGUAGUUUUGACCAUUGCGCCGCAUUUACAAACAAGCUAGGGCAAGUGCUUUGUUCCAGUAGCUAGUAGGGGUUGUCAUAAACCAGUUGAUCCCAAUAACUCGAGUUGUUGGGAGAAGUUCAAUCGUGGAUCAUAUACCACAACAGUAACAUGUACAUGGGUCGGGUGGUCCAGGUUUAGGCAUUUUAAUCACCCGAUCCAUGCACUACGGUUUGGGAAAUAUUAAACCCAAACCCAUCCAAAAAAAUCUAAACCUUACGGUUUGUUUCUAAUUGGGUUGGGUCGGGUUGGCGAUAUUUUUAAGUAAAAACCCAACCCAACACAAAAUAUGUAAUUAUUCUACAUCAUAAAAAUAUUUUAUAACAAAUUAAAAAUUCAAACGAAUAAACCGAGGUGAAAGGUAUCAAAAUUCACAAAUAUUGUUUGAAUUUUAAUAAAACUUGAUUUACUUCAACUUAUGUCUAGUUUUUUUCACGACAUUUGUUGAAAUAGGCUAAAAAGGUUACAAAUGAACGCAUCCAUAAUAUGAUAUUCUUUUAAAAUUGUACACAAGAAAAAAAAUUUACAUGAAUCAUAGCUAUAUUAAAUAUAUGUCUAAACUUUAAGUUGAAGAAUGCAUUAGAUUAGUGAGACUUUAAGAGAAAAAACAUGGUGAAAUAUCUUAAUUUUCUCAUAAGUAUGACUAUAUACGACAUAAAUAUUUUUUUGGAUACGAACUCAUACCAACAAUUGGAACACUGGUUGGGUCGGGUUCUACGGGUUGUGUAAUCCAAAAUCCAAACCCAAUCCAAAAGAGGCGGGUUGUACAAAAGAAAACCCUCACCCAACCCAAAACCUUCGAUUUAGCGAUAAAUACGGAUGGGUUGGGUCGGGUUGGACGGGUGGGUCGGUUUGCGGGUGUGUUUGUUCACCCCUAGUAGCUAGCUAGCUAAUUAAGCUCGACUAGGAAUGUCAAUGACAAAUGUGAGUAUUUCGAUAUCCAUAUUUAGGUCCGGUCAAGUUCGAUACAAUCGAGUAAUUUAUCGAGGGGCAUGUAAGAGUAUUUUUUUUAUUAAUAAAAUGAAGAUUCAGACUAGAACAUGAUAAAUGUAGUUAAAUUAUUUGAGAAAUUGAUGUUUCCACCUAUGUAGCAAGCCAAUUUUUAUGUGGGUUGGAGAGGAAAAAGUGGGAAAAUAUUCCUUUUUCCAAAUUUGCAUCCUUGGGUUGGAGUUAGUCUAAAGUUAAAACAGGGUGAGGGAGGGUAUUGAAACUAUAAUCUAAAGCAUCGAUAGUAUUAAUACUUAAGAUGAGAGUAAAACCUAGUUUUCACUUAACAACUCUUUUGUUGCCUUUGCUUAUUCAAUGUUAUCCCUUUAAAUAGGGAGAGCAUCCUAGCUUACAAAGGUGAGAUUAAUACUCGUGGAUACUCUCAAUCCUGAUAGCUAAACAUAAUAAAUUAUGACAAGGGAUCGGUUAGCUUGACUACCCCUAAAGGGGUAGUGAUUUUUGACACCCCCUUUAUGAUUGGCCAAUUUUAUUUCCAAUCAUUGGCAAGUAUUAAUUAAACUGGUUUUUUAUUUUUUUUAAUCUUGUAAUUUGGGGUCUCUCACCACAUUGGAAAAGAGAAAGAAUCUGGGGAAAAACGAAAUCACCUCCAUUAAUUACAUAAUUAAUUUCUCUCACUGGUACAUUAAUUACACGUACCACUCUACUGGUACACGUACCACUCCACUGGUACACGUACCACUCCACUGGUACGUGUACCAGUGGAGUGGUACGUGUACCAGUGGAGUGGUAUUUGUAUCAUUGAAGUGGUACUGCAUUGUUGCUCCGUUAUUGUUUAUCAUUGUUAUGAAAAAUAUCAUUGCACUGGUAUUGUUCUCACUCUAACCUACCUUGUGGAUUGCUCGCACCAGUGGAGUGGUAUGUGUACCAGUGGAGUGGUACGUGUACCAGUGGAGUGGUACGUGUACCAGUAGAGUGGUACGUGUAAUUAAUGUACCAGUGAGAGAAAUUAAUUAUGUAAUUAAUGGGGGUGAUUUCGUUUUUCCCCAGAUUCUUUCUCUUUUCCAAUGUGGUGAGAGACCCCAAAUUACAAGAUUAAAAAAAAUAAAAAAUCAGUUUAAUUAAUACUUGCCAAUGAUUGGAAAUAAAAUUGGCCAAUCAUAAAGGGGGUGUCAAAAAUCACUACCCCUUUAGGGGUUAGCAUAGUAUCCUACCCCUUAUGACAAUCACUAAAGCAGUGUAUAAAUACAAGUGUAUAAUAGAACUACGAAAAUAUAAGAAUUUGGUAAUACAUGUUUAGCUAUCAGGAUUCGGAUUUCUUGAGUUUCACCGCCUCGAUUCACCUGCAUUUUUCCAGCCUCUUCAUUGUUUCUAACUUAGUUCGUCUGCUCAAAUUCCUCAAGAACAUAUAGUACCGUAUAUAUAGAGAUCAACGUUAUAACUUAGAACGAGAGAACCGAUUAGGAACCAGAAACAAUGCGUGCGUAUUUCAUCUCAUAUUCGCUUCUCGAAUGUCAGGAAUUAAAUCAUGCUAUGCCAAUCAGAUUGAAAUCGCCAUAGAUGUAGACCAGCUUCUCAUCUUGAUGCAUGUGAAUAAUCAGAAAAGAAAUUUGAACAACUGGAAUCACAGUAGGUGUUCAAAAGAAAUUUGUAGGCCGCGCAAUUCCAACACCCACAAUCCAGCGGCCACGUGCCAUAGAACAGCUGACUGCGGCGUCUGCAGCUCCUCUCCUUUUUUUUUUUCCUGAUGUCAAACUUUGUAGCUCACCCACCAAAAUCCACGUGUUACCCUCAUCAUUAGCUCUUUCCCCUAACACGUAAAGACUUUCUAAUUUCUAUUCUCCUCCAACAUCUCAUAAAUACUGCUCUGUCUUCUCCAUUUCUAAUAUUUUUUGUUUUCGGGUUCAGCUGCACUCUGUUUUGCAGUACAAACUCAAGUUGUGUUUGACAGCUUGCAUGGCUGCUGCUUCUCUUUGUGUUCUCUUUUUCUUGCUACUGGUUUCAGCUGGCGGUUCAUUUGCCGGUCGAAUCGGGCCCGGUUCGAGGCUGCUGGCCAGCCAGCUGGACCAAGCUUGGAUCUCUGACAAUGGCACAUUCGCAUUUGGGUUCACUGAAGUGGCAGACGACUCUCCCGACCAGUUUCAGCUGGCUAUUUGGUUCAAUGAUCUUCCUGGUGACCGCAUCACUGUUUGGUCGCCUAAUAGGAACUCGCCGGUGACCAAGAACGCAGUCCUGGAUUUCACCACCGCCGGCAACCUCCUCCUCACCGACGGCCGAACCACAAUCUGGUCAUCAAACACCACCGGCGCCGGAAUCCAAUACGCCAGCAUGGAUGAAUCCGGCAAUUUCAUACUCUACACUUCCACAAACCGCCCCCAGUGGCAGAGCUUCUCACACCCUUCCGACACUCUGCUUCCCAACCAGCCAUUAACCGUCGAACUCGAGCUAACUUCCCCGAAAUCCCCCAUCAACGGCGGCUACUACUCCCUCAAAAUGCUCCAGCAGCCCACAUCGUUAAGCCUCGCCCUCACCUACAACUUGCCGGCGGACGAAUCAUCAUCAUCAUCUAAUUACCAAUCCCCUGAAUCCGCCGGCGCCAAUUACUCCUACUGGAACGGCCCCGACAUCUCCAACGUCACCGGCCAGGUCCUCGCCGUCCUCGAUGCCGCCGGGAGCUUCGGGAUCGUCUACGGCGAGUCCUCCGCCGGAGCGGUCUACGUCCACAAGAACGACAACGAUUACAACGGAUUGUCCUCUGCGGCGAAUCAAUCGACGGCCACCAGAGCAGCCGUGAUCAGACGGCUGAUUUUGGAAACCAACGGCAAUUUGAGGCUUUACCGAUGGGAUAACGACGUCAACGGGUCCCGCCAGUGGGUGCCGGAAUGGGCCGCCGUUUCGAACCCCUGCGACAUCGCCGGGAUUUGCGGCAACGGGAUCUGCAACCUCGAUCGGAGCAAGACCAACGCCACGUGUACUUGCCUGCCGGGUGCCGGACACGGGAAGGAAACGAGCAUGCCGAUUUCGGGAUCGAAAUCGAACCCUAAUUUCCUGUGCGGGGCAGAGAAUUCGACCUCCGCCGCCGCGGCCGCGGAGAAUUGCCAUCGGCGGAGCGGUGGUGGGAAUUCGAGUACUGGAUUGAAGAUUGCGGCCGUGCAACAGACGAGCUACUACUUCUCCGAAUUCUCCGUGGUGGCGAACUACAGCGACGUGGCGGCGGUUUCCGACUGCGGCGACGCGUGCCUCUCCGACUGCGACUGCGUGGCGUCGGUGUACGGGCUGGACGACGAGAAGCCGUACUGUUGGGUUCUGCGGAGCUUGGAUUUCGGCGGGUACGAGGAUCCCGGGUCGACCCUGUUCGUCAAGGUUCGGGCGAACGGGUCGGGCGGCGACGACGGCGACGGGAUGUCGGCGAGUACCGCCGGGAAGGUGGUGGUGCUGCCGAUUCUUCUCAGCAUGACUUUCCUGAUCGCGUUGCUGUGUUUGUUGCUGUACUAUAACGUUCACCGGAAAAGGGCGUUGAAGAGGGCCGCCAUGGACAAUGCUCUGAAGAUCUCCUCCGGAGCUCCGGUGAGUUUCGGGUACCGCGAUUUGCAGAUUCGGACCUGGAAUUUCUCCCAAUUGCUCGGGACAGGGGGAUUCGGGAGUGUGUACAAGGGAAGUCUAGGGGAUGGAACUCUGGUAGCAGUGAAGAAAUUGGACAAGGUUUUGCCACAUGGUGAGAAGGAAUUCAUUACCGAAGUGAACACAAUUGGAUCAAUGCACCAUAUGAACUUGGUUCGUCUCUGUGGAUAUUGCUCCGAGGGAACUCGCCGGCUGUUGGUUUACGAGUUCAUGAAGAACGGGUCCUUAGACAAGUGGAUCUUUCAGUCCUACGAAACCCGUCCGAAGGACAGGGUUCUGGACUGGCCGACCCGAUUCAGCAUCGCCAUCGCGACGGCGCAGGGGAUAGCGUACUUUCACGAGCAGUGCCGGAAUCGGAUAAUACACUGCGACAUCAAGCCGGAGAACAUCCUGCUGGACGAGACUUUCUGCCCCAAAGUGUCGGAUUUCGGGCUCGCCAAGCUCAUGGGGAGGGAGCAUUCCCACGUCGUCACCAUGGUUCGCGGCACCAGAGGCUACCUGGCGCCCGAAUGGGUCAGCAACCGGCCGAUCACGGUGAAGGCCGACGUCUACAGUUACGGGAUGCUUCUGCUGGAGAUCAUCGGCGGAAGGAGGAAUCUUGAUAUGUCGUUGGAUGCGGAGGACUUCUUUUACCCUAGUUGGGCCUUCAAGGAGCUGAUGAACGGGACGCCGUUGAAAGCAGCGGACAGAAGGCUGGAGGGGUCGGUGAAGGAAGACGAGCUGACGAGAGCGUUGAAGGUUGCGUUCUGGUGCAUUCAGGACGAGGUGUUCACGCGACCUUCGAUGGGGGAAGUUGUGAAGUUGCUUGAAGGAUCGGCGGAGAUCAAGACGCCUCCAAUGCCGCAGACCGUGCUGGAACUGGUCGAGGAAGGGCUGGAACAAGUUUACAGGGCCAUGAAAAGGGAAUUGGAUAGUGGUGACGAUCAUUUGUGCUCGUCUUUUACCGAUGUCACGACUCAGGUUUCUACGUCGCGUGCCACUUGUAGUUACUCGACCAUGUCUCCUAGAUGAAAUGAUAAAAUAUUAGAUUAGAGAAUAGGAGGUUUUUUUUUGGUCAUCUUCUUCGUGAUCAAAUGUGAAUUUUGGGAUGAAUUGUUUUAAGUUGAUGUCAAAUUUUGUAUUUGAGGAUGUAACGUGCAGAAUGCUUCAACCCAACCCAUCAUGAGUUGCAGCCCUAUUCACAUUUGGAAUCGUUGGUUGUCGAAUUUGGUUCAUAACCAAGUUGAAUUGCGGGAAUGAACCGACCAAAUUUAAAAGGAAAAUCGAGCAGUAGAUUCUGGACCUUGAUUUUCCCUUAAUUCUAAGAAAAUUCCUAAGAUCUAAACCAAAAUACUAGUGAUGGCAAUGGGGCGGGGCGGGUACCUCAAUUCUCAUGCCCCGCCCCACGAUACUACGGGUCGGGGCGGGUAACACGAGCGCGGGUACAGGGCGGGGCGGGUCGACCCACUCUUAUAUGUUCAAAAAAAAAAAAAACAAGUAAAUUUUACUUUUUACAAUAAAACGUAGAGAAAAAUACUUUAAGAAAGAAAAAUAUUGAUAAUAGAAUGGAUAAUUGAGU